GGUAGAAAGCUGAAUGCUGUCUUCUGCUGGCCACCGUCCUAUUUGCGGAGUUGGAGAAAUCAGGUCGGCCUAGCAAAAUAAAACAUUUUCAUCAUGGCGUCAACAGCAUUAAGAUCAGUGCUAAGGACAAAGGUCCCACUUAAAAUUAGCCAUAUGUGCUACUCCUCCUCAGUGCCCACCACCAAGCUGUUCAUCGAUGGGAAGUUUGUUGAAUCUAAGACUUCAGAGUGGCUGGAUAUUCACAAUCCUGCUACCAAUGAGGUGAUUGCCCGUGUGCCCAAAGCCACACAGGAGGAGAUGUUGGCUGCCGCGGACUCGUGCUCCAGAGCCUUUCACUCAUGGUCUGAGACCUCCAUCUUGGCUCGGCAGCAGGUCUUUCUCCGCUAUCAGCAGCUUAUCAAGGACAACAUUAAAGAACUUGCAAAGGCCAUCACGGUGGAACAGGGAAAGACCCUUGCAGAUGCAGAGGGGGAUGUGUUCAGAGGAUUGCAGGUUGUGGAGCACACCUGCAGCAUCACCUCUCUGAUGCUUGGUGAAACCCUCCCCUCCAUCACCAAGGACAUGGACACUUACACCUACCGCCUGCCCCUUGGGGUGUGUGCCGGCAUUGCCCCCUUCAACUUCCCUGCUAUGAUCCCUCUGUGGAUGUUCCCCAUGGGCAUGGUGUGUGGCAACACCUACCUUCUGAAGCCUUCAGAGCGAGUGCCAACCUGCGCCAUGCUGCUGGCCAAGAUGCUCCAGGAUGCUGGUGCUCCAGACGGGACUCUCAACGUCAUCCACGGCCAACACGAUGCUGUGAACUUCAUCUGUGACCAUCCAGCCAUCAGGGCAAUCAGCUUUGUUGGCUCAAAUCAAGCUGGGGAGUAUAUUUAUGAGAUGGGUUCUAAAAAUGGCAAGAGAGUCCAGUCAAACAUGGGAGCCAAGAACCAUGGUGUGGUGAUGCCCGAUGCCAACAAGGAGAAUACUCUGAACCAGCUCGUGGGUGCAGCAUUUGGGGCAGCUGGACAGCGCUGUAUGGCUCUGUCCACAGCCAUCCUAGUAGGCGAGGCACGGAGCUGGCUGCCGGAGCUGGUGGAGCGUUCCAAGGCUCUGCGCGUGAAUGCAGGAGACCAGCCUGGUGCAGAUGUGGGGCCUCUGAUCUCUCCCCAGGCCAAGGAGAGAGUCUGCAGUCUGAUCCAGAGUGGCGUGGACGAGGGAGCAAAGCUGCUCCUUGAUGGCCGAAAUGUUAAAGUUAAGGGUUACGAGAACGGCAACUUUGUGGCUCCCACCAUCAUUGGCGGUGUCACAUCUGAGAUGAAGUGCUACACUGAAGAGAUCUUCGGGCCUGUGUUGGUUGUUCUCGAGGCAGACACUCUGGAUGAUGCCAUCAGCUUGGUUAACAGGAACCCCUAUGGCAACGGUACAGCUAUCUUCACCACAAAUGGCGCCACUGCACGCAAAUUCACUCACGAGGUGGACGUGGGCCAGAUUGGAGUCAAUGUUCCCAUCCCUGUUCCACUGCCAAUGUUCUCCUUUACUGGUUCAAGAGGCUCCUUCAGAGGGGACAUGAACUUCUAUGGAAAACAAGGCAUCCAGUUCUACACACAGAUCAAAACUGUAACCUCACAAUGGAAAGCUGAAGAUGCCACCUUGAAAAGUCCUGCUGUUACCAUGCCUACUAUGGGACGCUAAAUACUCCAUACAAAUGCUACUGUUCAGUCUGAUAAACCAGAACACCUUAAUAACCCUUUUUCAAUGCACAAAACCGACUAACUAUGUUCACUGUGAAUAGUUCAUGAAUAGUUCAUGAAUACUAAAUACUCCCCUUUUGGAAGAUUUUAUAUUAGAUGUGUGUAUAUAUAGAUAUUCUUAUAUGUAAACCACUGUGGCCAAGAUAUCAACAAUGCAAAAGAUCUGUACAGAUUAGGCAAUGUUUGUACGGAUCCAAGUCACUUCCUCAAAUACAAUGUUGUCAAGGUU